AUGAUGGUGAAGAAACCAAUAAAGAAGAUGGUCACAAAAGGUUGGAGUUGGAUCUUGAGCCAAGGCCAAUGGAAAAUGUACAGAGUGGACCAUGUAACCCAUCUGGCCGUCAAAAUAAUUUGGAUAGAUCGCCCGAAGGGGCCUCGCAUUGCAAAAGUAGUUAGGAGAAUCAAUUGCAAUGUGGAAUCUCCUGACUUCGGAGUUAUUAAUGCUGGAAAGUUAUGGUGUGAUAGUCAGACCAUUUACCCAAAAGGAUUCAGGAGUCGAGUUAGAUACAUAGAUGUUUUAGAUCCCUCAAACAUGUCCAACUAUGUCUCUGAAAUUCUCGAUGCUGGACGUGAUGAACCUUUAUUUAUGGUUUCUUUGGAAUAUUGUCCAAGUGAAGUCUUUGUUCAUGUCUCGGCUGUCAAAUGCUGGGAAAUGGUUCGCUAUAGAGUAAAUCAAGAGAUCGCAAAGCAACGUAAGGUAGAAAAAAUGAAGCUUCCUCCUUUGCAGCCUCCUGGAAGUCUUGAUGGCUUGGAAAUGUUUGGCUUUUCUUCUCCAGCAAUUGUACAGCUGACUGUUGAAUUAAUCUUGUUCUUUGCUUUACAUUUGUGCACCCUGUGGUUAAAAUGA